GACCAUGUUGAUUUAAAGGAAGAAGAAACACAAUAGAGACGAUUUAUAUCAAGAAAAAAAUCAGUUACUGAAGCGAAUUGUGAAAGAAGUAGUAGAUCGACCGCACACUGAAUAUUCCUUGUAAAAUAACAAAGAAACUAAGGUGACACAUUCGAGUUGUUGGCUUUGAUUUGAGGAGGCAGCUGGUUGAUCACGGCCAACGCUCAGACACUUACAGACCGAGCUGAAGACCUGAGGCGUCGAGGGAGAGAAGGUCAAACACCCGGAGGAGAAAGGAAACACACACUGAAGACUCAACAAGGGUGGAAAGCUUUUUGGCUUUGGACUCGAUAACCCCUUGUGUGAUCUGUGAUUUCAGGAUCCUUUUGUUUUUUCAUGCGUGGAGCGACCUCUAGCCACACCGUGGAAAUAUACAGAGAGCAUUACAGACUAUAUGAUUUUGGGGAAAAACUUGUACAAAGUUGGACUUCCUUUUUUCGAGAACAGGGAUAUUGAGCGAUUCUUAUGGACUCAAAGUGGAAACAAGAAAUAUUGUUCAAUUUAGCAACAGAAGUUUAAGUAUUGAACUCAGAUUAUAUUGAAGAAGCUAUUCCCCAAGUUCAGAUUGCCUUAGUUGUUCUAUUUCAGGACUUGAACCGCUUUGAUACUUGUUCACAUAUAAUUUUUCUAUAUUGUGGGCAAGUAUAUUCAUGCAUAUGAAUGCAAAUUUCUCUUCAUUUUGAAGAGCUCUUGUGUAAAAACGUGUUUUUUUUUGUUGUUGUUCUUGUACGUCAGUCACUCUGUUGUUGAAGGGGACCGAACUGCACGUACAUGUGUAUAUGUAAAUACUACGAAUCCACUUCAGUUGUAAAAGCUUUGGACUUAAAAAUAAUAGAGAAUAUUGUUUGUUAAUGCUUUAUUAAACUUUUUUUACUUUUGAAGAGAAUUUUUAAAAAUAAAAACCUAAGAGGCAAAAAUCUAAUACUUGGAAGGAGAAGAAGAAAAAUAAAAAAAAAACACAAGUAAGGAAAACAGGAAACAUGGCAACCGCCAGAACAGAAAACGUCGGCCCGGUCGUCAUGGGACUGAAUAAGCAGAACGGGCAGCUCAGAGGACAGACCAAACCAGCUUCAGUCCCGCCAGCACCCACAACUCAAGGAAAGACUUUGGGUGCUCCCCAGAAAGCAGGCGGCGCCCCUCAGGACGGAGGAGGCAUCAAGUUUGGAGACGACUGGAAAAAGAGCCUAAAGCUCCCUCCCAAAGACAACAGGGUCAAAACCUCAGAUGUGACAGCCACUAAGGGGAAUGAAUUCGAAGAUUACUGUCUCAAAAGAGAACUCCUGAUGGGCAUCUUUGAGAUGGGUUGGGAGAAACCUUCCCCUAUCCAGGAGGAGAGCAUUCCCAUCGCCCUGUCUGGACGGGAUAUUCUGGCUCGGGCCAAGAAUGGAACAGGAAAAAGUGGAGCUUAUCUCAUCCCACUGCUGGAGAGGAUAGACCUGAAAAAGGACCACAUACAGGCCAUCGUCAUGGUUCCCACUCGUGAGCUGGCGCUGCAGGUGAGCCAGAUCUGCAUCCAGAUCAGCAAACACCUGGGAGGAGUCAAAGUCAUGGCGACCACCGGCGGCACCAACCUGCGGGACGACAUCAUGCGCCUGGACGAGACCGUGCAUGUGGUCAUCGCGACGCCUGGUAGGAUCCUGGACUUAAUAAAGAAGGGAGUGGCAAAGGUGGAUAGAGUCCAGAUGAUGGUGAUGGACGAGGCGGAUAAGCUGCUGUCUCAGGACUUUGUGGUGCUCAUCGAGGAUAUCAUCAGCUUCCUGGCCAAGAACAGGCAGAUCCUGCUCUACUCUGCAACCUUCCCCAUCAGCGUGCAGAAGUUCAUGGCGAAGCACCUUCAGAAACCCUAUGAGAUCAACCUGAUGGAGGAGCUGACUCUGAAGGGCAUUACUCAGUUCUACGCCUACGUCACCGAGAGGCAGAAAGUCCACUGCCUCAACACGCUGUUCUCCAGGCUUCAGAUCAACCAGUCCAUCAUCUUCUGCAACUCCACUCAGAGGGUGGAGCUGCUGGCCAAGAAGAUCACUCAGCUGGGCUACUCCUGCUUCUACAUCCACGCUAAAAUGAUGCAGGAAUACAGAAACCGUGUGUUCCACGACUUCAGAAAUGGACUUUGCAGAAACCUUGUCUGCACCGAUCUGUUCACCAGAGGAAUCGACAUCCAGGCUGUCAACGUGGUCAUCAACUUCGACUUCCCGAAGAACGCUGAGACUUACCUCCAUCGUAUCGGAAGAUCAGGGAGGUUCGGUCACCUGGGCCUGGCCAUCAACCUGAUCACCUCGGAGGAUCGCUUCAACCUGAAGGCCAUCGAGGACCAGCUGGUGACCGACAUCAAGCCCAUCCCCAGCAGCAUCGACAAGAGCCUCUACGUGGCCGAGUACCACUCGACCGGCGCCGACUGUGACGUGGAGGAGGUGGAGGAGAAGCCGGGACGCCAGCAGGACAGCACCUAGAGCAGACUCCGUAGUGUGCGAGCGAGUGGACGAUCCGAACACGGCUGAAGUCAGUAACUGGAUAAUGAACCUCAGAGCCGCCUCCCUAACCGCCGUCUCGUCUUUCCUCCAGAACUCAAAGACUCACCGGGCUUUUGCACAGACAUCAGCGCUUGCACACAGGCUUCAGGCAACUCUUCAUUUCAACCCUUUGUUUUCAGAGCCUGUCGAAUGGAUGUAAAAGAUGUUGUUUUGUUUAUUUUUUUUUAAAAUUUCAUUUCCUUUUACUUUUCCCUCAAAACAGAGCUGCCUCAUUAUUUUUACCAAUCGGGAAACGUUUUCGCACCAAAUGUCGGACCGGACUAACGAAGCGAGUGUCAGAGCCGUUCCGAACCCGUCGUCCUCGGAGACGCUUUUCAUCGCCCCGGCACCGCAGUCGGGUCGGUUUUUUAACGUCGCUGUGGUGCACCUCCACCAGCCGCCGCUGGCCUGUCCACUCACACUGCUGUUGUCACUUAAGUGCCUUACUUCCUCCCACGUGCACUCAUCCAUUCAUAGCCCGCAGCGAGUACGAGCACAAAACGACAACCCGAGUCUACUCCGACAUCCGUUAUGCAAAAAGGGAAAGAGAGACCACACACACACACACACACACACACACACCACAGCGCAAACUUCUCCCGAAACCAUCGUGAAUGUGAACGUUUAUUUUUUUUAAAAUGUGAACGUUGCAAUAAAAAAAGGGCAGCUUUAUUUAAAUACUGCGUGACUGUUUUUUUUCCCCCCUUUUCGUUCUGAAUAACACACGAGACGACACAAGCCCCCUCUCCCCCCGAUUAGUUACGGCUCUUUUUACGUUAAAACAAAAACAUGAAUUCCUCUUUGGGCUGGUGAACGCUGUAAAUCUACGAGCCGCUGCAGCCGGCGCAUGAAAACUCAAGUUUCCUCUCGAUGCAUUGGCGACUUGGUUCGGGACGGCGGAGAUGAAAAGCGAGUCGGUCCGUCGUUUGGUGCGAAACAGCUCUUUUCCUGUCGUUUUUCUUUCCCCCCACAUGCUCAGAUUUUUGUGGAACAACUUUAAGCCCUGACAAAUUGAAGUGGGUGAAUGUAUUAGUUGCCAAACUCGGACGGCUGCUGCUGCUGCUGCUGCUGCAUCCGAGGCUGACUUCCAGGCUUCGCUCGUGUGACGCUGAAUACUGGAUGUGAAACGGCUUCACGGACCACGAAGCCUGCUGACGAAAGGACCACGUUUCAAUCUUUGUGCAGCAGCAGCAGCAGCAGCAGCAGUAGGAUGUUUUUCUUUCCCGGCACAGCUAAUGUUUUAUAAUUCUAUAAAAACAAACCAAUGUGAGGAUCAUCCUUUGUGAGGGGUCGACUCUGUUUUUUGAAAGCAAAAUUGUAGCAUCUUUAAACAGGCAGCUGAGAUUUUUAUUUUUAUUUUUUUUGUCCUCCCCUACAGAGCGUCACUAACGAUUUAAAAAAAACAAACAAAAAGACAUAAAAAAGAAAGUAUUUUUGCUUUUUAAGAUUUUUUUUGUCGCUUAAAGCAGUUUGGAUUCGGGGGGGCACUGAGAGGCUUUAGCACUGGGUAACUUCUGGAGGUUUGUUUUUAUUUUGGUUGAGUUUUGAGGAAGUUUUUUUUAUUUUUUUUUUAUCUUAAUCUUCUCUCUGGCACCUAAAGCACCAAUAAAUGAGUUAAAGUUCCUCUGAAGAGCGCAGCGAACGGCUCGUUUUAGGUGCCAGAGAGCGGAGUGGAGUCGAAGCGGAGAGUUUGUGGAAAGCGUUGAAGCACUGUGAUCUCCUCGAAGCCGUUUCCGUGUUUUGUGUGACGGAUGAUCAAAGUGCUGUGAUUUGUCUUCAGCAGCUCGAUCCGUGUUUUUCUUUUUAUUUCCACUAGGGCAAUCUUUAUACGAGGUGUUUACGAAUCCCGUUUGAGGAAACACAGUUGUAAAUGAUUCACACCAGUCGUUUACAAUUACAACGAGAGAAAAAAGAAAAAAGACAAAAAAAGAAAACGCUUUGCUUCAUGGACGGAGGAGUUUUUGUUUCAACCCCCUAUUUUUUUAUUUUUUUUUUCCCUUGAAAUAGAUUUUUCAGGAUUUACAUUUGAAGCAAAACCAAAAAAGUGGAAUGUGGAGUGAGUGAGUGGAUGUUGGGGUGUUUGUGUGAGUGAGUGAAGCAGGCGUGUGAUGAAAUGUGAGUUUAGUUGUUUACGUGAAGCUUCAACUGGGAAAAUCAGUCGAACCGACGUCGUGAGGCUGAACGCGUGAACGAGUCGAUCCUUCGUUUGUGUUUGUUUUUCGUUCGUGUCGUCUUUAAGUGUCAGUGCACAUGUUGUCAGGGAUGCGAUUGUUUUCUUCUUUUUCCAUCUUCUUCCUCCCAGAGUUCACGUCUGUGGACGAACAUUUCAUUCUGAAUGAGAAACUUUCCAUUUUUCUCUCCUUUGUCGUCCCAUCUUUGUUUUUGUGUUGCUGAUCGCGUCCCUGACUGUCGCUACGUCGUCUCCUUUGGGACCCGAAAAGCAGAAAUUAUGAACAUCAGUCGCUGAAUUUUUCAAGUUUUAGUGAAAAAGAAGGUGGAUUUUUUUUCCCCACAUGUUCAAAGAAAUAUCGAUCAGACUUUUAUUUGCCAAAAAAUGUUUCCUCAAAAAGAUAUUUUCAGAGAUCCGACCGGAUGUUCAAUCCUGAUCAAUCCAAUCAGCUUCAGUGUCACAUUUUGAGAACUUUAACUGAUUUCAGAGCCACAAAAAUACUUUUCUAGUUGGAAAAAAAGUACAAUUUGGACGUCAUAGAUCCAACCUUAUAUUUUAUUUGUUGCAUUUACAUCUUACACACCAUAGUUAAUUCUUAAAUACAUUAAAUUUGCUUCAGUGGGGCAUUUUUAGAUCUAUCCAUCUGAUUUCAGAGCCUCAAAAAUGCAUUUUUUAGUUGGUUAAAGUCAUCAUUCAAUAAACCAUAUGCUAUGUUUCUAAUUUUGAAACUUUACACACAAAAGUUAAUUCCUAAAUAUAAUAAAUUAGCUUCAGCGAGGCGUUUUUAGAUCUUAUCUAACUGAUUUAGGAGCCUCAAAAAUGCAUUUUUUGUUGUUAUUUUGACACUUUACACACCAAAAUUAAUCCCUGCAUUAAUUAAAUGAGCUUCAGAGGGUUGUUUUGACAUCUACAGCUGAUUUUACAGCCACAAAUAUGCAUUUUUAGUUGGUUAAACUCAGAAUUUACCCGUCGUAGCUUGAACCAUACGUGUUUCCUUUUUACACACCAAACUGUUUGGCUAAAUGAGUUUCAGAGGGUCGCAUGGCCACCUUGAGCGGAUUUCAGAGCCACAAAAAUGCAUUUUUAGUUGGAAAAACAGUAAAAUUUUCCUGUCAUAGAUCCAACCUUAUAUUUUAUUUGUUACAUUUACAUCUUACACACCGUAGUUAAUUCUUGAAUACAUUAAAUUCGCUUCAGUGGGGCAUUUUUAGAUCUAACUGAUUUCAGAGCCUCAAAAAUGCAUUUGUAGUUGGAUAAACUCAGAAUUUUCAUGUCAUAGAUCCAACCGUGUGUGUUACUUUGACAUUUUACACAUCACAGUUAAUUCCUACAUUAACUAAAUUAGCUUCAGUGGGUUGUGUAGAGUUCUAUGACUGAUUUUAGAGCCACAAAAAUGCAUUUUUAGUCGGCGAAACCCGUCAGUCGUCACAGAGGAGGUGAUGUUGAACGUCUGUAUGAUUGUCUUGAAUGUUAUUUUUGUCAUCUGUUGUUUGUGCGUCUUUUGUCUGCGCUCUGACCCGGAGCGCUGAUGGGGGUGGGCGGGAUAUUUGUUUAAAAAAAAAAAUUCAAAAAGAAAACGAGAAGACGGGUGAGGAUUCGGGUACAGAAACGGGAUUGCUGCCUGAGAUUCUACAAAUUCCUAAAUAGGUGGAAAUCAGAACCCCCCCACACCAGGUUAACACCUAAACUAGUAUUAAUUCAAUUGGAUCCGUCAGUUUUGCCGCUCUAACGUGGACUCACCCGCGCUGCUGGAGGCUUCUGCCAAGUUUAACGAGAACGCAGUCAGCCGAGGGUAAAGCUACGGCAGUGUUUCCCUGAUUAAAUUGGAUUUUUAAUUGGCUCCAAAAGAAUUUCUGUUUGAAAGUAGCUAAAGAUAAAAAGUCGUGUUUUCUCGACAACAUGGAUAGAAGUGGUUCCAUUCUGAAACAAUGUCGGUUAAUUGGUCCCUUUUCAAAAGAGCUUUCUGGUGAAUUUGACUUGUUUUUUCCUCCCAAAACAUUUUUAAGUGUCCGACUUCACCUUGGACUUGAAUUAAUCCAAAUCGUGAGUCUGAUCAUCUUCCUCCCACCGUCUCAAGAAUUUUCCUUUUGAUGCCAUUAGACUCAAAACCGAUGAUUCUGAUUGGGUAUUACGGCUGCAAAACAUGUCAUUCUUGAAUUGUUUUAAUGCUUUUUGUUUAUUUGGUUUCUCUACAAAAUGCAUUAAAGAGGCACACGGUGUUCCAGCAGCUCGUGUUCAUCACUCUGUCCUCUACUGUUGUAAUGUGGAAACACAUGCAGGGCUACGAAAUUCAAUAAAUUGACCUGAACUUUA